UCCCCCUUGCCGGUGUCGUCGCGCGUGUGCUUUGUAAAGUUCCACGACCCCGACUCGGCCGUGGUGGCCCAGCACCUGACAAACACUGUGUUCGUUGACAGAGCCCUCAUAGUCGUUCCCUAUGCUGAAGGUUUGUAACUUGUUUGAUGUUCUAUGGGGCCACCCUUGGGUGGUGGUUGGUUCCUGUCUAGUGCACAGAUUUUAACAGUAGUCCUAUGUCAAACAUAUGUCAGAGAUUGCCAUUCUGAAACCCUUGGUAUAUUGCCUUUGGCCCCUGCGUUUGGUCAGUUUGUUUCCAUAGUGGCGCCAAAUCGAAGUGGAAAGUUCUGUGUGUCUUGAAGUGUAGAAUAAGAACAUUUUAGGCAGAAUUCUAUGCCAAUUUUGCUCCGUGUCAGUCUCAGUGAGACAUUUUCCCAAACAGAUUGUAAUGCAAACAGGUCAAUAUUUUAAGGAAAUUUUACCUUAAUGAUUGUUUGCCACUUUCACUCUCUUCAUGAGGACGGUUUCUCCCUCCCUGAGAGUGCAUGGGAGAGGAAUGAACAUUCCUUUGGCCUAUGCUGCCACUGCAUUUAUUUGGGAACAUCCCCAAAAAAAGGCCCUCACUCUCCUUGUGGAGUCCAGUAUACCAAGGGUUUGAAUAAUUAUGGUUUAAUUCAAAAGUGACAACUUCCAAGAGGUGCCACAUGGGCACUGGUCCUAGUUUUUAAUUCCAAGUUUUCUUGUUCAUCCUUGAUAUAUUUAAUAGAAUUUCACUAAAUAAUAAACUCUUCUCUCUGUUAUUUGUGUGUGUGAUUUUUGUAGUGGAGAAGGCAAAUGCAAAGCCCUUCCAGAUGACUGAAAAACAGUGGGUCCUCUGCAGCUACAGGGGAUUCUAGCCAUUAACUAAAGGCCAGCAAGCACUCAAGUCCCCAAGUGUUUUCCUGGUGUAACCACUUGUUAACUACAUUUUCUCUUCUUCUUUUUAUUUUUACAUUUUAGGGUGUUACAGUAAUUUGAAAGGCAAUGAGCAGGGUUUUUGGAACUUACCUUAAAAGCAAAGUGCUGAGAAGACACCUCUUCUUACAGAAGUCUUAUUAAACUCUUCUAGACUUGCUUUAGAAGUAACUGAUUUCCAUUGUACUUGUGCAUUUCUUGAUUUACUUCUGGGAAAGGUUGAAUUGAAUAAAAUCUUGCAGAUUAAGUCAUACUACAGUGCUAAGUUGGGUACAUGGCCUGGGGUCACACCUGUAAUCUGUCAUGCUGCAGCUGUCUCUUGAGGCCUGGGGAGCUGUCUUAUCUUAUCUUUGUAUUCCUUAAGCUUAAAAGAUACAAAACUUAAAAGAUGUCCAGCCUAAUUCCUGGAGUGUAGGAAUGUGCAGUGUGCCCUCUGACUGAGCCCUGCUGCUUCCUGAGGGCACAGAACCCCUUCUGCAAUGGAGUUACUGCUCCUGCAGCCCCUGCUUGAGAACAGCAGAGCUGAGAGGCUUCUUGUCCCUGUGUGGCUGUUAAACACAGCACCAGUCCAGUGAGAUUGUGCUGGAAUAUUCUCCAAGGCCCAUGGGGAUAAUCCCAGUGUUUGACUCUUCCUAUAAGGAUAAACCCACUUUUCUCUUUGUCACUGUGGAUCAUCCACUUUUUGUCCACUAUGGAUAAACCUGGCACGCAGAGAAACCUGCCCAGCAGCUGAGCUUCAGAAAAUCCAGUUACUAAAGUAGAAUAUUUUCCUGGGCCUGUUAAGGAGUCACUCCUGGGCUGUACCUUGUGUUGUCUAACAGUUCAGAGUUUAAUGGCCUUGGCACAUCGUAAGAGAGAUGUUCAGCCAAUAAAGAAUUGCCCCUGGGUUGGCAAUCCCAUACUUCUGUCCCUGUGCUGGAGUAGUUUUCCCCCAAAAUUCAGCCUGCCAGGGUCCCAGUCCAAGCAGGAGCAGCAUUUCCCCAGCCCACAGUGCCACUGCUGAUGUGCUUAAAGCCAGGCCUGUGCUGAGUGGGGCCCUCCUCUGUGAUUUCUGCUGUGCUAAUGAACCUGUGUGAUUAUUGCCUGUCACUAAAGCAAAUGUUUAUUAUCUGUUUAGUGCAAUAAUUCCCCCCCUGUCCCAAGUUUUAGCUCACACAGACACUUUGGUGUUGGCUGUUGCUUUGUGUUAUAGAACUAUACACAAAGGCUACGGUAAGGUUUAGUAUUUGUCAUUUUCUCUGGGCUAAUUCCUGGAUUUGGAAGGAACUCUUAAGGUUAAAGAUGGCUGGGGGGGGUGUUUAGGUUCUUUGGUUAAUGUUUGUUUCUUUUGUCUGUUUCUUUUUCUUUCAUUUCUACACAUUCAUGCAGUAUUUCAUGGUUCUAACAAAGCAGCAGUAAAAAAAGCUCUUGAAGCAUGAAAAUUAACUGGUGAGGGGCCUCAUUGCUUUUUUUAAAUUGUAGUUUAUUUAAAUACUUUUUAAAGAAACAAUUAGAGGAUCAGAUGCAUGAAUUUUUUUAAUGGAUGCAGAUCUUCUGUGAGGUGUCUCGAGCUGAGGAUUUGUAUUUAGAUGCCAGAAAUGUUGUAGUUGCACUAAUUUGAAAUGUUUAGCUGUAAUUGAUAAAUAUCCUCUUGAGACAUAAUUUUGCAUGCCAAAUGACCCCAUAAUCUCUCUGUAGGUAUGUUGAUAUAUUUAUGCAUUCCUGCCCUUUGCCUCCAUGACCUUUUUCCCUGUCCCUCCAUAACUUUGGGUAUCUAAAGUGCUGCCAGCUCAGUGCCACGAGCCAGAUAUCAGUGCUGUGUAUUGUACAUUUGUGUAGAUUAUCGGCACUUCUCAGUAUAGGUGGGAGGAACCAUUACCUUUAUUUAACAGUGGUUUUUCUUUUUUGUUGUUGUGUUUUACAGUUCUUUUCCCUGGUUCAGCCUGAACUAUAUACCAGGCCCUGCUGAAAAUACCACCCAACAGUUUUCUUCUGCAGCUUAUCCAGUUUCUCUUAAGUGCCCUGUACAUAUUGUAUGUUUUAUGAUGAGAUGCAGUUUCUUAAUAUGUAUUACAGAAACACUACUGGUAUUUGCAACUAUGUAGUAAAAUUGUUUUAUUGAACUCUCAUUUUGGGGGCUUGGGCACAUUAACAAAUUAAUCCACCUGUAUAGGGCUUUUGCUGUUGGAUAGAGUAAAACUCCCUCCACAAGUGUUUGCUAGUAGGGCCCUGAGCACUCUGUGUGCAGAGCAGGCAGUGCAGCGAGCCCUGGGCUUGCCUGGCUGCAAGGCUUUGGGCCACGAGUCCCCUGUGCCACGGCAGGUGGCAGCAGCAUUGUCGGUGCUCUAAGCUGGCACAUAUUGGAACAAAAGCAUUUUACUGCACAGGUAAGGAAUGUGCCAGCAUCCCUGUGUGUAUCCCAGCCACAGACACACCCCCAGCAUUCCCGGAGAGCCGCAGGGACCGCAUUCCAUGUGACACGUCAGCAAAAGCCCUACCCAAAACACCCAUCCCUUCUCUUUUAAGUUUGCCAAAAUUUGUAUGGUAGGUGUAAAAGAAAACAUAGUGAACUGUACCAUAUUAUUAACCCCUAAAUCCAACUUUUUUUGUCUUGUGUAUCUUGAUUUUUCUGUGUGCUUUGUAGUGAAGCAGCCGACACGAGUCGUUGUUCAUAAAACAGCUUUUGAAAGUUGAGAGCACUCUCACCCCUGGAGAACCGACUGUGCUUGCUUACGUUUGGUUCAUGACUUAAAAAUCGAGUACAGGAGUCAUUCCUGAUGAGACUAAGGCUUUGUCUCUCUUGGCACCAGCUAAUGCCGUGGCAGGGCUGCUGCCCGGGGGUGGCCUGCUGCCCACUCCCAACCCUCUCUCUCAGAUUGGUGCUGUUCCUUUAGCUGCUUUAGGAGCUCCUGCUCUCGACCCUGCCCUUGCUGCUCUUGGGCUUCCUGGAGCAAACCUGAACUCCCAGUCUCUCGCAGCAGAUCAGCUCCUAAAACUGAUGAGCACAGUGGAUCCAAAGUUGAACCAUGUGGCUGCAGGUCUCGUGUCCCCCAGUCUGAAAUCAGAUACCUCCAGUAAAGAAAUAGAAGAGGCCAUGAAGAGAGUCCGAGAAGCACAGUCCUUAAUCUCUGCUGCUAUAGAGCCAGACAAAAAAGAUGAAAAACGAAGACAUUCGAGGUCGAGGUCACGCUCGAGGAGGAGGAGGACACCUUCCUCAUCCAGACACAGACGCUCCAGGAGCAGAUCAAGGAGAAGGUCCCAUUCCAAAUCCAGAAGCAGGAGGCGAUCCAAAAGUCCGAGGAGAAGGAGAUCUCAUUCCAGAGAGAGGAGCAGGAGGUCUCGGAGCACAUCCAAAACCAGGGAUAAAAAGAAGGAAGAGAAAGAAAAGAAACGUUCUAAAACUCCCCCCAAAAGCUACAGCACAACCAGAAGAUCCAGAAGCACAAGCAGAGAACGGCGGCGCCGGCGGAGCCGGAGCGGGACGCGGUCCCCGAAAAAGCCCAGGUCUCCCAAACGGAAAAUGUCCCGGUCUCCAUCACCCAGAAGGCAUAAAAAGGAAAAGAAGAAGGAUAAAGACAAGGAGAGGAGCAGAGACGAGAGAGAGCGGUCAACGAGCAAGAAAAAGAAGAGCAAAGACAAGGAGAAGGAUCGAGACCGGAAAUCCGAGAGCGACAAGGAUGUGAAACAGGUCACAAGGGACUACGACGAGGAGGAACAGGGCUACGACAGCGAGAAGGAGAAGAAGGAGGAGAAGAAGGUGGCGGAUGCUCCCUCCCCCAAAGGGAAGGAGCCCGGAGCCGAGAAGGGCAGCGGGGAUCCGGGCAGGGAAUCCAAGGUGAACGGGGACGACCACCACGAGGAGGACAUGGACAUGAGCGACUGAGCCGCCCACAGCCCCUCCAGUGUGAUCCUUUAUGCUGUACUUGUUAAUCCUCAACCUAGAUGUAUCCAGCUCCGAGCUCUCCAUGGUCUGUCCAUCCCGAUACUAACUCACACCCAAAGCUUGAGACAGGGAUCCCCUGCUCCGGGGCCCAGCUGGGGCCGGGCCAGGCUGCAGGUCCCCCCUCCCUCCCUCCCUGCUUCCCUCCCUCCGGAGUGUCCCGGGCUGAGCCAGCAGGGCCCAGCAGUGUGGCAGUGUCCCAGGAGCGUGGGGAGCGUGGCAUGGCCCCCUUGUCCUGUGGGAAUGCCCUGGGAGUGUGGCACAGCCCUCCUGCCUGCAGCCACCGAGGGGCUGCCGGGGGCCUCCCGGGCACUCCGGAGCCGGCCUUGGAUCGCACCAGCUCUUUGUGCUCUUGGCUUUAGUUCUGGUUUUAAGCCAUGUGCUGGGCUUGGUUGGGUUUGGUUUCCCGGUGCGUUUGGUUGGCUUUGCCCAGGGUUCUGUGCCCUGACCUUCCUGAGGGCUCUCUCCACUGCGUCCAUUCAGCUCCACCCAGGGCGAGCUGGGAUGGUCUGACCCGGGGAAGGGGAAUCCUGGCCGUGCCCAGUGAGGGAGGGUUGGGGGAGCAGCCUCAGCCAGGGCUGGGGGCUCAGGAGCUCACCCGCUGCAGCAGGGAGUGCAUUUUAAAAUGACCUGGGUCUGUUUUUAAAGCAAGUCCAUUGAUAAUGUACUUUUUACUUGAUCUCAAGUUGUACAAACUGAUGAAUUUGUGUUCCUGUCCCGGCCGUUCCCUCUCUCCCGCACUCGGUGAUCCCAUGGUAUUUGCAGAGUAGUUACCCAAAGCUGUUCCUUAGUUCCAGCAGCUCCAGAGCUUUUACUUUUGUGCAGGUAAAAAGACAAAAGUAGCCGACAGUCUGUGCCAUGUCGAUGUACAGUUUCGGAAAAUGUUUUACAAAACUUUGAUAAUAAAACCCUGAAACUUCAA